AUGCGCAUAGCUCACGUUGUAUUGAUGGUUCCUGUGACGCAGGAGGAGGUUGACAGGUUGGUCGCCGAGCUGGAACCAAAUGUCGACGACGAAGCCAAGCUAGAAGCUCUAGGUGUAAAAGCCUACACCAAAUUCUUCACCGCUACGCCACAACACAUCGACUUGUUCAGAAGAGUUCGCGGCAUGGAUUUGGAUCAUGCGAUUCAGUCUGAUGGCAUAAAAUAUUACGGACGAAAUGCGAUGGAACGCGUUUUAAAGUUUAUUCGUGCGUCUGCUGAUGAGCAGAAACUCACUGAAGUUUUGGAUGAAAUGGGCAAAUUACACCAAAAGUGGAAUGUGACUAAAUCAGAUUUCCUGAGUGGGGAGCCAUCAUUCACAGAGUUCUUCAAAUCAGUCCCACAGAUUACGGAGAACAAGGACACUAUGGAGAAGAUUAUGAAGCACUUUUUCCAAAUUGUUAGCGAGUAUUUGGAAUGA